UUAGGGCUCAUAUUGCGCUCCCGUGUGUGGCUGUCAGCAGCAGCAGCGAAGCCCCAGUGGACGUGUCCUCUUCCUCGGUCCACGAUUCCUGCGCGUAAUUCACCAGACGAGACGCGCGUCUACCUGUUCGCGUCCAACGGGAUAUUCGCUGCCACCUCGCGCCUCCGCACACUUCGGACUCGUGGUAUUUUAUUUCUCGCCCCUUCUUCUUUUUUGUGUGUGUGUGUGUGUGUGUGUGUGUGUGUGUGAAGCGAGCCGCUGUGUAAAUGACCACAAGCUCGCCCGAGGGAAGCGCCGUCACUGAACUCUGAGGGGAAGACUUCGCAAACUUCGUCCCCCGCGCCGCGAGUCCAUGCGGCUCGCCGCCUGACCGGCGCGGACCACUUCUCCGGGUGAAACUUCGUCGGGCGGCAUUUACACAAACAUGUUCGGCGAGUGCUCCGUCGCCGCGCUGCUGAACGUGCUCCUCCUGGCGCGGGCGCUCUCGGCUCGCGAGUGCGCGCCCUGCGACCUCCGGCGGACGUGUGCGGCCGCGGCGCCGCGCGGCUGCGAGGGCGGCCGCGCCGUGGCCAGGGAUCCGUGCGGAUGCUGCGACCAGUGCGCCCGCCUGGAGUGGGAGCCCUGCGGCGGACGGGACUGGGCGCACGGCUACUGCGCCCUGGGGCUGACGUGCGCCUCUGUCAACCGAACCGCGGCCGCCACCAUCCCAGAGAUCGGCGUGUGUAAAGUGCUCCCUGACCAUCCAGAGGCAGGCCUCGAGGACGAGCGCUGCCCCCUGAUGACGGGCUGCGACAGAGCCGGGGGUCAGUGUGUGUGUGAUGCCCGUCACUCCUGCUUGGGCUCUUUCACUUACCCAGACCAAGAAACCUGCUUGAAGUCCAGCAAGUCAGAGGGUCGGAGGCACGAGCACCGGGAAAGACACAGGGAGAAGUAUGUGGGACCGUCCAACCCGGCCUGCAUGUUCUCUGGGUGUAACCUGACCGCCGAGGGCUGUGUGUGCGAGUCUCAGAGCUGCCACCACCACUUCGCCUACAUCAACCGCAGCCAGUGCCAGGAAGCCGCAGAGGAGCUGAGGUGUUCCGGGGUGACCUGUCCCGCUCUGCAGGUGCCCUCCUGCCCCCACGGUUCAGUGCUGACCAAGAGUUACACGCCCCCUGCUGGUUGCUGCCCCUCCGUGCCUCCCCAGUGCACUUGCGACCUCAGCGCCUGCCACAAGCCCCGGUGCCCGAGCGGACAGCGAGCCGUGCCACUCAGCCAGGCCAGCGGUCAGCCAGGAGACUGCUGUGAUGUCUUCGAGUGCCAGAAAGUCUCUCCCAAGUGCAUCCACAACGGGAAGGAGUUCUCCGAGGCAGAGGUGUACCGCAUGGACCCCUGCUGGCUGUGUCAGUGCCGAGGAGGAAUCUCCUUCUGCUCCAAGGCAGAGUGCGCUGAGCUGAACUGUGAAAACUUCUACAUUCCUGAGGGCGAGUGUUGCCCUGUCUGCAUAGAUGUGGAGUUGCUGUCGAUGGACAGCACCAAGGCCAGCUGCUGGGUGAAUAACAAGCUGCGGGCUCACGAGGAGCAGUGGAAGGAGGACGACUGCACCUUCUGCCAGUGUGUGGACGGAGAGCCGCACUGCACGGCCAUGGCCUGCAAGCAGAGUUGCCAAAACCCCGUCAAGAUCCCCGGAGAGUGCUGCCCCUUCUGCGAAGAGCCUUCUUAUGAAACGGUUAGCCCCUUGCUGUGUCCUCCCCUGGAAAACUGCUCCCUGUCAGGAAGUGACUGCUCCUACGGCUUCCAGCAAGACCACAAUGGAUGUCUUCUCUGCCAGUGUCUCGGCAAUGACUCCUGCCCUGACCUGGGAAAAUACUGUUCCCUGCAAUGCCCGAUGGGACACGAGAGGGAUGAUUUUGGCUGCGAGGUGUGCGAGUGCAGCAUCCCCACGCCCAAGUGCCGACCUCUGACCUGCACUAAGACCUGCCCUUAUGGAUAUGUGAGGAACAAACAUGGCUGUGAGAUGUGCCGCUGUGUCAAGUGUCCCCCCUUCACCUGCGACAAGCACUGCAGCGACGGCUAUCGACAGAACCGGAAGGGCUGCUCCGUCUGCAUGUGUAAAGAAAGCAGCCCAGUCCCCAGCACCACUGCCGCGGCCCCAAUGCCCGACUAUUGCCUCACCUCCAAUGGGCACCGAUACGAGGAAGGCGACGGCUGGCACGACGGCUGCCGUGACUGCUACUGCCACUCGGGACGGGAGAUGUGCGUGCUCAUUUCCUGCCCUGUACCCAGCUGCGCUCAUCCCGUCGUCAGGCUGGACCAGUGUUGUCCCACAUGUGAGGACGAGUCAGGCAGUGGUCAGCCAGAAGGGAUGGACAUGGUGGUGUGCAGAGCACCCGGGGGAGAAUUUUACGUGGAGGGGGAGACCUGGAACCUGGACGAGUGCACGCGCUGCACCUGCAGGAAGGGACGAGUCCUGUGCGACACAGAAGUGUGUCCCCCGGCUCUCUGCCAGACACCAACCAGGAACAAGGACACCUGUUGCCACGUCUGCCCAGAGGAGACGCUGAGCCCCUUGCUGCCCGUGAACAACAGCCAGCAGGAGUACUGCAUCACCAGCGACGGAGACGUGAUGCUGGUCGGAGACUCCUGGAAGGCGAACGCCUGCACCAGCUGCACCUGCAACAACGGCACCAUUCAGUGUUUCUCUCAGCGCUGUCCGGCUGCCAACUGCAGGGUGCCCGUCUUACGCAAGGGCCAGUGCUGCCCACACUGUCUCGAAAUUACGACAUCAGUGCCAGUGAUGGUGUCCACCAGUGCCCGUAAGACCACGCCGACUGUGACAGUGGAGAGUGCAGUGUGGAUCACCACCGUCACCGUGCCGCCCAUCAUCGCUGAUACAGAUGAGCCAGGUCUGGGUGAGAACUAUCCCAGCCAAACGGAGAUGGCCCUUAUCUACCAAUCAGCUGCCUGGAUCCUGGCAGGUCUCCUCCUGGCCAUCAUCAUCUUCCUCAUCGUGGCGUUGCUCAUCAACAAGAAGAAGAAGUGGGUGCAGAUGUCCUGCUACAGCGCACCAAAGAAGACGGUGAUCCUAAAGAAGCAUGUCAACAAGAACGCAGUGGUCUACAUGGAGCCCUCCAAGGAGAACAAAUUCCAGAAUGUGAAGAACGACUGCGGCAUAAUUCACUUCUCCCCGGAAAUGAGCUCCCCCUGUGCGGACAAGAUGACCAUCCCCAGGGCCAAGCUGAGCAUGGGCAACAACUGGACGUCGCGCUAGAGCACACGCACCCACCCACGCACGCACGCACACACACACACACACACGCACACUCUCACACACACACACACACACCACUCAGACUCUGCAGAUCAGAGCCAUCCGGCACCUCCCACUCUCUCUUCCUGCUGUAUCCAAGGUGAUUACUUAGUAACCGUGCACACCUCGGGCGCCGCCACGUUCCCCACCCUUUUCUGUGUGACAGUAAAACCGAGGAUGUUCUGUGACCAUGGUGUCUUUUAUCAAGUGUCCAUGUGUUUGGACCUUUUGGGGAGCGGAGUGAGACGCUGAGAGGUGGACGGACGGGUGGACAUGUAAAGGACGCAGCCACUCUGUGCUCUGCUUUAAAAAUGGAGGCAGCCAGUUAAGGCUCCUCUGUGAGAAUCAGACUUUGACUGUGAACAUUGUUAUAUUAGUGCUUAUUGUUGCCUCUUUUGAAACUGGAACCUUGGGGCAGAAAGAGGAGCAUGGAGAAAAGCUUUAGGACAGGGGUUUGAGCUGUAGUUGAAAGGGGACAGAGAGGAAGCUGCCCUCCACCCGAGUGCUGCGGUGUUUCUAGGAUGUAGUCAUUAUCAUCAGCAGGGAGGCCAAAGGAAACUGAUAAUCCCGUUGGAUCAAACUGAGUCCAGCAGCCAAAUUGAAUCAACAGGCUUUUUUUCGACCCCGAGAUCCAAACCCCUGCUUUAGAAUGGGUGGUUUCCAUCUUAGUUUUUGUAUAUUUCUACAGUAUUUGUACUAGUUGUAAUGUUGUUCGUGGCCAACUCGUUUUUAUCAUGGUUGUCUCCAUGGGGCCACACAGAAACAUUUUGAAAAUGCCCGUCUAAACAUCCCCCCCCAUAUCAAGUUCAGGAAGGACGCGCUUCCCAUGUAACAGCUACUCGCCUCUGCCUUCAAAUGACCCGGGUCAUUCCAUUCAGAAAACCCCGGCAACCACAACUGUACAAAAGAAGGAAUACGCAAAUUUGCUCCCGAAUCUGGUCGGCGAUUACAGCAGCCAACGAUCUUCACAUUUCACACCCAGGCUAAAAAAAAAAGCCCGAGUGAUAUUCAUCCAGGAAGAAUGUCCGUUUUAUUGACUGCAGAAGAGACAAAAUGGUGCCAGAUGCCUCAUCUGGACGUGUGUGGAAUGGCUUUGAUACCGUGCCUCACUUCAUUCACAGCUCUGUGCGUGUGAGUGCGCAGAGCUACUGUUCACACUGAAUGUUUUCGGUGGUUUGUUAUAAUUCUUUUCAAAGCCUUAAUUCUAUAGCCUUAAUGCAUUUUCUUCGAUGAUACCUUGCUUUCAUUUAAUAACUGGUUUAGCCCGUAUCAAAAAAAAAAAGUAAUUUAUUCACGCAUUAUUAAGAUGAACAGAUUAUGUUGUACAGUGUCACUGGCGGUUCUCAUCUGCUCUUCAUCUACUGGGAAAUUAUAUAAUGUGGGGACAGUAGGGUUUAAAGGGGAGCGUGUUCGUAAACUGUACAUAAUGGUACACAUUACAACAUGAGAGCAUGUUGAAAGAGACGUAGCACUUUUUCUUUGGAGCCAGUGUUUUUUGAGAAAGCCCACUGCAGGAUUCCUGGAGGGAUAAAGGCCCUAAUCAGGGAUUUGAUAGGCGUAUUAAGCACACCACGUAAACCACUCAAGUGAACACGCUGUUGCAGCUAGAGGCUCCGCACCAAUCUGAUCAGCACGGCGAGGGACGGAAUCCGAGAAGCGUUAUGAAACUAACUUCAGGUUUCAUAGGAAAAAAGUUCUGGAUCAGAGUUCUCAAUCUAUUGCCAAUUUUGCUCAACACAAAGAACAUUCGGACGCCAAAAUCCGAAGGCCAAUUAAUGCUGAGGUGUUUUAGUAACAGUAGAUUUAUGUUUGAAUCACGACCAUGUGCUUUAAGAUGAAGAGGCGACUGUAAAAGCUUACGCAAUACUUUGUUCUUCCAUGUGUAAAAAAUAAGAAAGUAGUUUAAAUUAGUAGGACAGAAGAUACCUUAUUUAUUUUUUCACAUAGCUUUAUUUAUUAAUACUAAACUAUAGUUUGAGGUUGUUUUUGUUUCCCUUUUUGAAAAAAAUGAACUUUUGGUAGCUGAAGCUGCUGUACAUUGUAGACCAUUUACCAUUUGUAUCUGCUAUAUUCUAUUCAACCUUAUUUAUUUCACUGUUGCAGACCCUUGUAAAUAUGUUUCCUAGAUGAUGAACUGUAACAUUUACACUUAUUUUGAAAAAUAAAUGUGUGAACCAAA